GACGUAUCUUAACAGAUGACGCGCAUAAAUGAGCGUAUUUGGUCAUGUAUAUUGUCCUUCGACCUUUGAAUGAUUUAUGUUAAUUUUCAAUUGUAAAUAGAUUUUAAACUGCACUAAACAUUUUUAAUUAUUUUCGAUAGUUCAUAUUAGUGUAUAAAACUGAAAUUUUAUAUUGUGUAAUACAUAUUUUUGUAUCGAAAUAAAGAUUUUUACAGAAGUUUUAAACAAUAUUUAUAAUUAAGAUUAAAAUGGCACUUUAUAGGAAUGUCUUAAAAAUGAGUUCUUACCAACUGAAAAGAAGCAUAGCUUCUUUAAGUGCUCUUUCCGAAACACAUCAAAUGCUACAAAAGACUUGCAGAGAUUUUGCAGACGGAGAGUUAAAGCCAAUUGCAGGAAAAAUAGAUAAAGAACAUUUCUACCCUAAAGAACAAAUAAAGAAAAUGGGAGAAUUAGGGUUACUAGCUGUUACAGUACCAGAAGAAUUAAAUGGAACAGGCUUGGAUUAUUUGGCAUAUGCCAUAGCUAUGGAGGAGAUAUCGAGAGGAUGUGCUAGUGCAGGGGUUAUUAUGUCUGUCAAUAAUUCUUUAUUUUUGGGUCCAAUACUAGAGUGGGGUACUCCAGAACAGAAGGAUAAGUUUAUUAAACCUUUUACUGGAGGAGAUAGGGUUGGUUGUUUUGCUUUAUCAGAACCAGGUAACGGAUCAGAUGCAGGAGCCGCUUCAACUACAGCUAGUCUGCAAGGAGAUAGAUUUAUUUUAAAUGGUACAAAAUCAUGGAUUACCAAUGGUUAUGAGAGUGAAGCUGCAGUGGUUUUUGCUACUACAGACAAAACAUUGAAACACAAAGGAAUAUCUGCUGUAAUAGUUCCGAAACCAAUAAAAGGUUUAGAAUUAGGUAAAAAGGAAGACAAAUUAGGAAUAAGAGGCUCCUCAACUUGUAACUUAAUCUUUGAUAACUGUUCAGUUCCUAAAGAAAAUUUAUUGGGGCAACCUGGUUUUGGUUUCAAGAUUGCCAUGAUGGCAUUAGAUGCUGGAAGAAUCGGAAUUGCUGGUCAAGCCUUAGGAAUUGCUCAAGCAGCUCUAGAAGUAGCUGCAGAGUAUUCUUCUAAACGUCUAGCUUUUGGGAAACCUCUCGUGAAAUUACAAAUGAUUCAAAACAAAUUAGCAGAUAUGGCGGUCCGGUUAGAAUCUGCACGUUUAUUAACUUGGAGAGCUGCGUGGUUGAAAGACAAUCACAAACUGUAUACUAAAGAAGCAGCUAUGGCAAAAUUGGCCGCAAGUGAAGCUGCUACAUUCGUUAGCCAUCAAUGUAUACAGAUAUUAGGAGGAAUGGGCUAUGUUUCUGAUAUGCCUGCUGAAAGAUUUUAUAGAGAUGCCCGAAUUACUGAAAUAUAUGAAGGCACUUCAGAGAUUCAAAGGUUGGUUAUUGCUGGUAGUUUGAUCAAAGAACUUGGGUUAUAAAUAAUUUGAAAAAGGGUUGAUGAUAUCCAUUUAUCACUUAAACAAGUGGUUAACACAUAAAAAGACUAGGUACAGUUUUUCUACAAAUACAACUUUGUAUAGUAUAAUCUGGAGUCACCAUUUCCCCCAUAUCCAUAAAACACAAUAUUUUAUAUAUUUUUACAUUAAUAAAUAUUUUUUAACAUAA